GGAAAGAGGCAGGGCGCGGGAAAGAGGCGGGGCGCGGGCGGAGGCGGGGCGCGGAGAAGUGGCGGAGGUGGAAGCGGAGGCGUACCCGCCCCUGGGGACGUCAUUGGUGGCGGAGGCAAUGGCCGGCAACCAGCUGUAAGCGAGGCACGGAAGACAUAUGCUUGUGAGACAAAGGUGUCUCUGAAACUAUGGAUGGUACAAGAACUUCACUUGACAUUGAAGAGUACUCGGAUACUGAGGUACAGAAAAACCAAGUACUAACUCUGGAAGAAUGGCAAGACAAGUGGGUGAACGGCAAGACUGCUUUUCAUCAGGAACAAGGACAUCAGCUAUUAAAGAAGCAUUUAGAUACUUUCCUUAAAGGCAAGAGUGGACUGAGGGUAUUUUUUCCUCUUUGCGGAAAAGCGGUUGAGAUGAAAUGGUUUGCAGACCGGGGACACAGUGUAGUUGGUGUGGAAAUCAGUGAACUUGGGAUACGAGAAUUUUUUACAGAGCAGAAUCUUUCUUACUCAGAAGAACCAAUCACCGAAAUUCCUGGAACCAAAGUAUUUAAGAGUUCUUCGGGGAACAUUUCAUUGUACUGUUGCAGUAUUUUUGAUCUUCCCAGGACAAAUAUUGGCAAAUUUGACAUGAUUUGGGAUAGAGGAGCAUUAGUUGCCAUUAAUCCAGGUGAUCGCAAAUGCUAUGCAGAUACAAUGUUAUCCCUCCUGGGAAAGAAGUUUCAGUAUCUCCUGUGUGUUCUUUCUUAUGAUCCAACUAAACAUCCAGGUCCACCAUUUUAUGUUCCACAUGCUGAAAUUGAAAGGUUGUUUGGUAAAAUAUGCAAUAUACGUUGUCUUGAGAAGGUUGAUGCUUUUGAAGAACGACAUAAAAGUUGGGGAAUUGACUGUCUUUUUGAAAAGUUGUAUCUACUUACAGAAAAGUAAAUUAGACAUAGAUAAAAUAAAAUCACAUUGACAUGUUUUUGAGGAAUUGAAAAUUAUGCUAAAGCCUGAAAAUGUAAUGGAUGAAUUUUUUAAAUUGUUUAUAAAUCAUAUGAUAGAUCUUUACUAAAACUGGCUUUUUAGUAAAGCCAUUUACUUUUUCUAAAAAAGUUUUAGAAGAAAAAGAUGUAACUAAACUUUUAAAGUAGCUCCUUUGGAGAGGAGAUUAUGAUGUGAAAGAUUAUGCCUGUGUGUCUUGCAGAUUGCAAGAUAUUUUACCAAUCAGCAUGUGUUACCUGUACAAUUAAAAAAUAUUUCAAAAUGCAAUGCAUAUUAAAUAUAAUACACACAGAAAAACUGGCAUUUAUUUUAUUUUUUUGAGAUGGAGUUUCGUUCUUGUUGCCCAACCUGGAGUGUGAUGGUGCAAUCUCAGCUCACUGCAACCUCUGCCUCCCAGGUUCAAGUGAUUCUCCUGCCUCAGCCUCCUGAGUAGCUGGGAUUACAGGUGUGCGCCACCACGCCCAGCUAAUUUUUUGUAUUUUUAGUAGAGACAGGGUUUCACCAUGUUAGUCAGGCUGAUCUCGAACUCCUGACCUCAGGUGAUCUACCCACCUCGGCCUCCCAAAGUGCUGGGAUUACAGGUGUGAGCCACUGCACCUGGCCUGACAUUCUUUAUGAAAUUUAGAAUUGUUGAAGAACUAUAACACUUCAGUAGGGUUCAAGGUGGUCCCAAAAGUUAUAUAAAAGAUUAGUUUUUACUAUAAACCCUUGUCUUUUACUCAGAUCCUAGCAUCCCUUUUCACAUGGUUUCUCCAUAUAUAUAACAGAAUCAAGAAACAAAUUUUAAUUAAACAAUCUGUAACAGAAUCAAGAAACAAAUACAUUUUAAUUAAACAAUCUAUAUGGAACAAACAUUCCCAAAUUCUAAGAAUAAAUUUUUCUUUAAGUUUUC